AUGGAUCCCAGGUCAAAGUUCAGCAGCAGGCUGGGUCAUGUGAUGGAUGCUCCUCAGCAUCAUCAGCCCAGCAGGUGGAGAACAGCCGAACCCUCCGCGGUGUGGUGUCAGCUUCAUCACAGCCCAACCUCCUCCUCCUCCUCCACCUCCUCCACCUCCUCCUCCUUCCUGAUUCCUUGGACCGACUACAUCCCGCCAACCCGAGUGGAAGCGGUUCGGUUCGGUUCGGACGGGAGGCUGGACCCGCCGCUGGAUGACAGCAGGUCCCUGCAGAGGAGGGAAUGUCAGUGCAACGCCGUCGCAAAGUGUAUUAUGGACUCUGCCGCGUUCCGCCAUGAACUCACCUUCCAGCCGUCUCAUCCGGACUCUUCUGUUCUGUUCUUUGGCUUCCAGCCGCCUGCAGAGAUCAGCAGCUCGGAUCCAGGGAAGGAGAAGGAAGCUGCAGAGGAAGACCGGAAGCUUCCUCCCUCGGUCCUGUCCAGAACCAUCGGACUCAUUCAGCGGUUUUCCAUGUCGAAGUCGGCCCAGAUGCCGCUGACCAACAUCACGGUGCCAAAGCCCUCCAUCUCCAGGGUGCCCAGCAGCAUGGAGGGCAUCAACCACGAGCUGGAGAAGGUCUUCAUCAAAGACAACGGAGACAAGGAGGAGCUGAAGUCUCUGGAGGUUCCCGAUGGCCGCCGGGCGCCCUUCCCUCCCCAGCAGCGCAGCAGCAGCUCUCGCGGCGUGGACACCCAGACUCCGUCGGCCCCGGGGCGCUCCAGCAGCUGCUCCAGCCUGUCGCCGUGUCCCUCGCCAGCCUGCCCCCCAGGAUCGCAUGACGGCAGCCCGUACUCCACCGAGGAUCUGCAGUAUGACCGCGAUAAAGACAGUGGAAGCAGCUCUCCGCUCCCAAAGUUCGCCUCGUCCCCCAAACCCAACAACAGCUACAUGUUCAAGCGGGAGCCUCCGGAAGGCUGUGAGAAGAUCAAAGCUUUCGAGGAGAUGAGCUCCAGGCAGUCGGCGUCGGCGCCUCUCUUCUCCUGCCCCGACAAGAACAAGGUCAACUUCAUCCCCACAGGCUCCGCCUUCUGCCCGGUCAAACUCCCCGCCUCGCUGCACCUCAGCCCCGCCUCCGAGCCCGAGGAAGACGAGGGCCAGGGGGAGCCCCGGGGGGCUUCCUCGCACUAUGGCGCCCCCCCCGCUCAGGUUUCCACCAGCACCAGCACAGACGACCCCCCCGAGGAGCCCAGCUCUCCUUCAGAGACUGCAGAACCCCAGACGGACAGCUAGACCCCCCCACCCCCCACUGACUGUCCCACCAACACCUCCUGCUUUACCAGGGGAGCCUCUAUCUCUCUGUGCUCCCCCCCACCCUCAUUCUAUCACUGCAUGACGUAGCAACAGUGUCCCUUCAUGUCCAGCAUCAGUCGGCCACCUGAGCGCCGGGGGGGGGCAGUUUGAGUCAGAAACACCCAGAAGGCCAAUCGGCUGCCCCCAUCCGCCAUGACGACCAUGUUUACGCUAUCGGCUCAGAGAUCCAACUACGAUCGCUCAGAGUCCGCUUGUGGGCGGGGCUUCAGGCGUUUCUCCAUUACGGUUCUAAACUCAGGUAAUCUGGAAAUGUGUGUCCAUCAAAGAACCUGCAGCUCAAAGCAGGAGGGAUCCGCCGUCAUGUGUUCCUCUUCAUUCCCGGACAUUUGGUUCGACCAAUAAGGAGCAUCCCCUCCAAACGGGCGCUAUCUGGUACCGCUGCCAGCGGGUCGGAUUACGACAAAAAUACUGUUUUUAAUCUGCAGUUCCAGCCCAGACCUUUGGUAGAAGUGGAAAUUAUCGGUCCAAUAGUAGUUACUGUGCCUCUCGUGCACAGAGCAGGUUCGGAUUAAA